CAUUCUAUACUAGUCUCCUACACAAGCCCUUUUUGUUAGUACAAUUUUUUCCCUGGCUCUUUCGACUAUGGCUAUAGUCACAGUAACCACUCUUCUCAUAUUAUUUGUGUCGUUAUCCAAUGCAAUUGACAUGUCCAUCACGACCUACAACAAUAAUAAUUUCGAGAAAUUGACACGGAUGAGUAAUGUGGAGGUCAAGGGUAUAUACCAAAUAUGGCUGGCGGAGCAUGGGAAAACAUAUAAUGGGCUAGGAGAAAAGGGAAAAAGAUUCGAGAUUUUUAAAGAUAAUUUGAGGUUCAUCGAGGAACAUAACAACUCCGAGAACCGGACUUAUGAGCUAGGAUUGAACCGGUUUGCUGAUCUCACAAAUGAGGAAUACAGGACGAUGUUUUUGGGCACGAGGAGUGAUGCUAGGCGACGUGUUGUCAAGUCCAACAAUGCUAGUCAUCGUUAUGUUUUUCUUGCUAGCGAUCAUCUGCCGAAAUCAGUUGAUUGGAGGAAGAAAAACGCAGUUGCUCCUAUUAAGGACCAAGGAAGUUGUGGGAGCUGCUGGGCCUUCUCAACCGUGGCUGCAGUAGAAGGCAUAAACAAGAUAGCAACAGGAGAAAUGAUCACUCUAUCGGAGCAAGAAUUAGUAGAUUGUGACAAAAUGUAUAAUGAUGGUUGCAAUGGUGGCCUAAUGGAUUAUGCCUUUGAAUUUAUCAUUUCCAAUGGUGGUAUUGACACUGAAACUCACUAUCCCUACAAGGGCAUCGACUACAAUUGUGAUCUUCUUCGGAAGAUUGCAAAGGUUGUGAGUAUAGAUGGUUACGAAGACGUGCCAACAAAUGAAAAAGCACUUCAAAAGGCUGUGGCACACCAACCUGUUAGCGUAGCGAUUGAAGCCUCUAGCAGGGCUUUUCAGCAUUACUCCUCGGGCAUAUUUACCGGGAAAUGCGGAACGCAAUUGGACCACGGUGUGGCAGUGGUUGGCUAUGGCAGGGAAAACGGAGUGGACUAUUGGAUCGUGAGGAACUCAUGGGGCACCAAUUGGGGCGAAGAUGGCUACAUCAGAAUUGAGCGGAAUAUAAAAGAUAUUAAUUCUGGUAAAUGUGGAAUUGCUAUGGAGGCUUCUUAUCCAGUUAAGAAUGCCAGAAACAAAGUUACUGUUGGAGAAGUGAAAAUUUUAAGCAGUGUCUGAAGAAACAGCUGCCACAAAGUGGAUGGCUUGGGUUACAACUAUUUUGUGAUUUUUAAGUUGAUUAAUAUUAACUACUGUACGUAAUUCCUUAUCUUAUGGCGUUGUUACUCCAUGAGCAUUAUUUGGGAACUUUUCUUGUAACGCAUUUGUAUUAACAUUGUAUGUUUAUUUAAUGACGACAGUGUUCAUUUUA